UCAGAACUAAGAAGGCCCUACUAUGCAGCUCAUGUCAUAUGGAGUUUGUGUGUCUGUGACAGAAACUACUUACAGAUCAGAAGAAAGCAAUUAAAUAUUUGCAAUGACUCUCUCCCUUCUCCUAGUUUUUUUCUCUCUUAUGCAUGGAGCUAUUCAGCAGCUGGAUAGUGGAAUAUUUUUAAUAUAUAAUGAAGACCACAAGCGCUGCGUUCAAGCUCACAGUUCUCGAUCAGUCAGAACUGCCAUUUGCAACCAGGACAAUGAGUCACAGAAAUUCAGGUGGGUCUCUGAUCACCAGCUUUUGAGCAUGUCAUUGAAACUAUGUUUGGGAGUGCCUUCAAAGAAAGACCAGGUUGCAAUUACUCUCUAUCCUUGCAACAAGACAAGUGAACUUCAACAGUGGGGAUGCAGAAAUGAAACCCAGGUUUCACUUGAAGGAGAAGAUUUAUUUUUUCAUUCUGGUAGCCGAGAAGAAGAAAAUAUCAUACUGUCCAAGGAAGCAAGUGUAAAGAGCAAAUGGAAGAUUUAUGGAACCACAGAUGAUUUGUGCUCCUGGGGCUAUGAAGAUAUCUUUACAUUGUUAGGAAAUGCCAAUGGAGCUCCCUGCGUUUUCCCUUUCAAGUUUAAUGACAAAUGGUAUAGUGAGUGUACAGAUGCUGGCAGGACAGAUGGCUGGCUUUGGUGUAGUACAACCACAGACUUUGAUGUAGACCAAUUGUAUGGAUUUUGCCCAUUAAAAUCAGGUAAAGACAUGAUCAGAUUUUGGAAGAAAGAUCCUUCAACAGGUUUCCACUACCAGAUAAACUCCCAGUCAGCUCUAACAUGGCACCAAGCAAGAAAAAGCUGCCAGCAACAGAAUGCAGAAUUAUUAAGCAUCACACAGAUUCAUGAACAAAUGUAUCUAAGAGAGUUAACUGAAAGUAUGGGUUCUGCUCUCUGGACUGGACUUAACAGGCUGGAUUUGAAUAGUGGCUGGCAAUGGAUUGGAGGCAGUCCUUUCAGAUACUUAAACUGGGCUCCAGGAAGUCCCUCUUCAGAGUCUGGAAAUAUCUGUGCAGCAUUAAAUCCUGAAAGAAAUGCUAAAUGGGAAAACAAGGAAUGUGACUGGAAACUUGGCUACAUAUGUAAAAGGGGAACCACAAUUUCAGAUUCUUUCAGUAUUCCCUCAGAUGAUUUGGGGCCUAUUAAAUGCCAAGAUGGAUGGUUGUCAUAUACCGGUCACUGUUAUAUGAUUCACAGGGAGCCCAAAAUAUGGAAGGAAGCCUUGACUUCCUGUAGAAUGGAGGAUGGUGAUUUGAUCAGUAUCCACAAUGUUGAAGAACAUAGCUUUAUAGUGUCUCAGCUUGGGUUCAAGCCAACAGAAGAGCUGUGGAUUGGGCUUAAUGACCUUAAGGUUGAAAUGUUUUUUGAAUGGAGUGAUGGGAGUCCUGUGACAUACACCAAAUGGCUCCAUGGAGAACCAACCAGAGCAAACAACCAGCAUGAAAACUGUGUAGCUGUGAAGGGACAGGAUGGCUACUGGGCAGACCAUCUUUGUGAAAAGAAGUUUGGUUACAUCUGUAAAAGGAAACAGUUGUCACAAGUAAUUCAAGAAAUGGAAAGAACAGAGGCAGGCUGCCAGAAAGGCUGGAAAAGAUAUGGCGCAUACUGUUACUCUGUUGGACUGAUGCCUGCAACAUUUUCAGAAGCAAAUAAAAUCUGUGAAGGGAAUAAGAGUUACCUAGCUUCUAUUGAAAAUAGGUAUGAACAAGCCUACCUGAUUAGUCUGGUGGGGCUGAGGUCCGAAAAAUAUUUCUGGAUCGGUCUUUCAGAUGCAGAGGAACAAGGGACUUUCAAGUGGACCAGUGGUGAAGCAGUUCUGUUCACUCACUGGAACUUAGCAAUGCCCGGAAAAAAGCCAGGCUGUGUUGCUAUGGGAACUGUAAUGGCAGCUGGAUUAUGGGAUGUACUCAGUUGUGACAUGGUGGAAACAUUUCUCUGUAAACAAUCUGCUGAAGGAUCAACACCACCUCCUGUUCCUCCAGCAACUUCUUCCCCCACGUGCCCUCCAGAUUGGGAACCGAGUGCUUAUAGUAGCUCAUGCUUCAAAUGCUUUUGUCAGAAAACACAAGAACAAAAGAAAACAUGGUUUGAAGCUCGAGAUUUUUGCAGAGAAAUUGGAGGAAAUCUGGCCACCGUCCAGAGCAAGGAGGAAAAUCGUAUAAUAAAAACUGCAAUAAAAAAAGGUGGAUCCCUUUAUGGUACUUAUUGGAUUGGUAUAUUUUCUUUGAAUCCUGAUGAAGGAUUUGCCUGGAGUGAUGGCUCUCCGGUAAGGUACAUAGACUGGAGAGAACAUUCAACAAAUCGGAAAGGAGACACAGACUGUGGAGUACUGAAUGGAUACAGUUUUUCCUUACAUUGGGCGCACGCAUCCUGCAACGUGCUGCAUGACUGGAUUUGUCAGAUAAAAAAAGGAGUAUCAUUAAAACCAGAACCAAUUAGCAAGUAUGAAUAUGAAAUCACUAAAGACGGAUGGAUUAUAUAUGAAGACAAGCAGUAUUUUUUCAACAGAAAUGAGUUUCCUAUGGAAAAAGCACGAAAGUUCUGCCAGAAGGAUUUUGCAGAUCUUGCUGUAAUUGAGAGUGAAAGCGAAAGAAAGUUUUUAUGGAAAACUGGUAUCUCCCAGCAUGAGUCCAGAUCAUAUUUCAUUGGUUUAAUAGUGAGUCUUGAUAAAAAGUUUAGCUGGCUGGAUGGAACCCCAGUGAACUAUGUAGCCUGGGCUCCCAAUGAACCCAAUUUUGCUAAUAAUGAUGAAAAUUGUGUGGUCUUAUCACCCAGCGGCUUCUGGAAUGACAUAAAUUGUGGAUAUCCAAGCCGUUUUAUCUGUGAAAGGCGCAACAGUACUAUUAACACAACAUUUGCUCCUGAACCUCUAGGAGGCUGUCCAGAAACUUGGCUUUUGUUUAAUAAUAAGUGUUACAAAAUAUUUGGCGCCAAUGAAAAUGAGACAUUGAUGUGGCAUGCUGCACGAAUGGCUUGUAUCAGUUUGGGAGGAAACCUGGCUUCCAUACCAAAUAAAGAAGUCCAAGCCUUCCUCUUCUACCAUUUAAAAGAAGUCAUGACUGAUACGUGGAUUGGAUUGAAUGAUAUAAAUAAAAGACUGUGUCAUUAUGACAAAGGAAGAAGGAACAUGGACAGAUGAAGACUGUGAAAAUGACAAAAACUAUAUAUGCCAAAUGAAUACAAACCCUGAAUUACUUCAUUCUGCAACAACAAUUCCAGCCUCUGGCUUUAUCCACUAUGGUGACAGUAGCUAUGCAAUCACCCAUUCCAGAAUGACAUGGGAAGAGGCAAGAAAAACCUGCAAGGACAAAUCUUCAGAACUUGCUAGUAUUUUAGAUCUUCGCAGCCAUUUAUUCUUAUGGUUACAGAUGUUAAAGUAUGGAGAGCCUGUAUGGAUUGGGCUUAACAGCAAUGUG